CUGAAUAUGAUGCCACCACAAAAACGCAAGAAGAAAGCUAAAAAGGAUAACACUAUGGGUGAAGCAGCUGAUGUGGCUGAGAUUUUAGACAAGCGUAAAUGUGAGCAUCGAUGGCCCACUCCGACGGAUAUCCAGAAGUUGAAAGGUAAGCCAAGAUCUCAGUGGAUUAGACCAGAACCACAGCACCUGCGAGAUAUUGACUGCUAUUUUGGACGACUCCCGCAAUGGUACAUCGAAGAGAAAUUACUCAAAGAGCCUGGUGAAUUUCUGCUGUCCCGAGGACAUGAUAAUAAACUUCGUCUAUCAAUUAAAUCGAACGAACAGCCAGAUUAUCCUUGUGUGCACUUACCGAUCGAAUUUGUGCAGACUAAUCAAGUUCGUGGUGAUCGCAAUAUGUAUUAUCGUAUCACGAAUACACUCGUACAAAGUCGAUCACUUUGGGGAUUAAUCCAAGCAUACAGAACCAGUAAUAACAACAUCCUACGACAAAACGUGAAACGUGACGUUGAAUUACGUGAAGAAGUGAUUCCGUGUCAAGGAUGUAAAUACGUUAAAAAGGAAUACUCGUUUAUGUUUGUUCAAGUUAGAUCCAUGGAUGAAAUUGCUAUCGGAGAUUUGAUCUGUGAGAGCGACAGAUCUAAGAUAUAUAAAGCAACCAGAACUAUAAUUAGAAAGGGAGUAAUUGCUGAUAGUUUUGAACGUCCGAUAAUACUGAAGGAAUUGAAGGACUACAGUAUUGGAGUGUUCGAUGACAUCUAUCGAGAAAUGCACAUAGUGAACACAAUUCGCCAUCAGAUCGGAUGGGACACAGCGUUGAAUGUUGAGGCAGUGAUAACCUUAAGUAAACCGUAUUAUAUUGCUUAUAAAAUGUGUAAAUGUGGUUCAUCGAGAAAAACGGAUCCGGAAACGACGCGGAAUCGCCGGUGGUUAGCACCCGAAGUGAUCACGACAAAAACUUUAACGCCCGAAACGGACGUUUAUGCGUUUGCUUGGUUAAUUUAUGAGGUAUUCAGCAUGAAACUACCCUUCAACGAAGUUUCUGAUGAAAAUUUCAUCGGAUAUUUAGCUGAAAACCCGGACGCCAGAGCCGAAAUACCGUCAGACAUACCAAAAUGGUUGGGUGAAUUGGUUCAGAGUGCAUGGGACAGUGAUCCAGCGAAAAGACCCAAAAUGGUUGAUUUGUGGCGUGAAAUGAGAAAGAAAAACAAAGACGUGAAAUAA